UUGUACCGAGAUGUCAUGUUUGUAAAGUAAUAUUUAUAAAAAUUAAACAAUAAGAUGUACUAAAGAAAAAAUAAAUCCCGUGUUAACUUCACAGUGAAAACAAAAAAAGUGUUAAAAUACAUUUAUCGUCAACAAUGAAAUCGAUGUGGGAUUUAGCCGUAAAGAAUGACUCUUGCUAACGCUACCGAGGAUAUGAAUAGGAUCCUAGAAUAUCUUACAAGAAAUGAUCACGAAUUAGAAGAAGUAAACACAAAAAUGGACAACUUCCAACAAGACGGACUAAUGACGGACAACUGGCCUGCCUCUGAUGAUUUCCUGGAAAAUAUUUUUUCCCUGGAGCAAGGCUCAUUGAAUUUCCUUGAAGAAUCAAUGCCAGACUUCUCUCUGGGUCCAGAGCCAGACAAUGUAUCACAACCAUCCGAGGCGUUAAGCAGUUCAUGCUCUGAUAGUGGACUUUCUAGUGACCAAGCAGAAUUCGACUUCGAGCAACAACUAUCGCCGUUCCUAAUUCAAAACUCAUGCGACGAAGAGGUCGGUUCCAUCGCUGGUCUAGAGCCCACCAGCCCAGGUGACGCGCAAGAUGUCAUCAUCCAAGAUACCGACUCAUCUAACAGCUCCAGUGGUGAACUCAUGGAGGCCAGCUUCGAUGUACUCGACUUCGAACAAAAUGUCGUGCCCGGAUUCAUUAACUCUAAUACAUUCCAAAGUCCAGGUAAAACCGGUAGGAAGCGACGUCUAUCCCAGACCCCACAGGUGGUCGUCCAACCGAAAGUACAAAAACCAUAUGUCAGAGUUUCCGCGACCUCCGUCCAAAAACCACAACUGGUUGUGAAGGCGCAACCAGAGAGGCCCGUCAAAAUAUCCAACGUCCAACUCUUGAAUUCACAGACUAAGGUGUACUCUAAACCCGUGGAGACAGUAGCCCCACAGAGAAGGGUAAUAAGAGUCGCUCCUAUGGCGGGCAAUCCACGAUCUAUCCUCCUGCCGGUCACCAUUAAAGAUAUGAAAGACCUCAAAUCAAUUAAGAUUAUCAACGCCGCUGAUCUUAAGAACGCAUCCAAUAUCAAAUUGGCGGCGGCCAAUCUUUUGUCUCAGAGCAAACUGCACGAUCUCAAAGUGGAGUCCCGAAAUGAAUACGAGUAUGACAACGGCGGCAACCAGUGUGAUGACUCUGGCAGUGAACGAAGCGAGGAUGACGAGGAAAAAGAUAGCCAGAUAAACGACGGCAAAAACGGGUAUCCCCGUCUCGUUCUAACUGCGGAGGAACGACGUCUGUUGGCGAAGGAAGGCAUCACGCUACCCACUAGCUACCCGCUCACUAAACACGAGGAGCGUGAACUAAAGAGGAUCCGACGCAAGAUCAGAAAUAAGAUAUCUGCACAGGACUCUAGGAAACGCAAGAAGGAAUAUGUUGACGGACUUGAAGACAGAGUAAAACAGUGUACAGCGGAAAAUCAGACCUUGAUCAGGAGGAUAAAGAUACUACAGUCGCAAAACCAAUCACUCACGGCCCAACUGAAAAGGUUACAGAACGUGUUGACUGGUGUGACGAGCGGACCGACCGGCAAGUCGGCACAGCCGGCGACGUGUCUACUAGUGCUGUUACUGUCUGUAGCGUUGGUCGCGUUACCGUCCAUGAGGGAGGAAACGCGUCCGCCGCGUAACGAACAACCGCCCGCCGCGGCCGCCGUCACUAGAGCCCUACUAUCCGCCAACAAAAUGGUCCUCGACGAGACUGUGAUCGAUGACGGCGAGUUCAACAUGGAAGAGCUUAUAACGUUCAACCGCCCACAUUCCGACCACGAUUAUCAGGUGGUGAAGACCUUGGAGACGCAGAAGCCCCUCCCAGGCGGAUACGUUGACCUCCCCAUCGAUGAAGACUGGCCGCCGAACCUCAAGAAACGCAUGAAAAAGUUGGAAUUCGACUACGAGGAUGGCAGGGACUACCUGCCGCCUAUAGUCAAGGAAGAGAACUAUGAACAUUUCUACAAAAUAGAUUCCAAGAUCCGGCCAGAGGACGACGCGCUUAACAUCGAUGACACCAACUUUUUAACCAAUACCCUAAUGUCUACUGGUAGAAAAUUAGGGGAACUCCUCGACGCGUUCCCUCCCAUUCCAGUAAAGAAUGAAGACAUUGUCAUAGAGGAAAUUUCAGAUUAUGACACUCGUAACACAACAGAAGUCAAAAGUUUUGUAGUCAACGGCACCCUCAGCGAUUUUUAAAUUCUAUCACUGUUUUAUUUUUAACUUUACAUAGCACAUAUCCUAUAUUUUUUAUUUCUAUAUUUUCUUGUUGCUUCUAUUCAGAUGACUAUUUUAUUAUUAUUUACAAAUGACCGUGAAGGUUACAAUGAAAUUAUUCCUUUAAAUUUAAGUUGAACUGAUUCCUAAAUUUGGAAUACAGCCUACCCUGAAUCGAAAGGGGAGUGUUUAUUAUAAUUUAGUCUUUUUAUUGUGAAAUCGUGAUUUUAUAUAAUUGUUAGAAUAAGUAUUAUGUAUAUCGAAGCGAACUUUGUACUGUCAGAUUACGAAUGAAAGUUGUUGAGUAUUUAUUAUUUUGAGAAAUCUAAAUUUAAUAUAUCAGAUAUAUUCUUUAUAAAAUAUCAUGCUUUGUUAUGCAGUUUAGAUUUAAGAGUUUGUUUUAAGCAUUUUGAUGUUACAAUUUUGACUUUGGUGCAAUUACGUGUAUCGUCUUGUGUUAGAUAAUAUUUCGUAUGAAAAGAAUUAGUUUUAAUUUAUUUGUCUACUAUCCUAAAGUGGAAUGUAACUAUGCCGUUGUCUUGGGAUCAACGAUAUUGGAAUGAGACGUUAGAUCGAAUAAACUAUGUAUGGAAUUAUUAGUAUUUUAA